CUCGUUAGUCACUUUUAUAUUAGGUUCCUUUAUUUUGUAACACAAGAAGACUUGUCUUCUUUUCCGGAAGACAUGCGUCCAAGUCACUGCCGUGUCGUACAGGGUUUAUGCCUUUCUAAUGGUCCUAGAGGCCUAUCUUGAACUUGUGUAUAGGAACCAAAGAGGUCAAGAACUAGGAAUCAAUGGGCCUUCUUUCUUCUAUUCUUGUCGUUGCAAAUUUACUCUGUUUCUUGUUUAAAAUCUGCUAUGGUGUAGACAGCAUAUCUCCAUCCCAACCUUUAAGCGACGGUAACAUCAUAGUGUCCACAGAAGGAAAAUUUGUACUGGGUUUCUUCAGUCCUGGAAGUUCCAAGAAUCGUUACCUGGGAAUUUGGUACCAGAGCAUCCCAGUUCAAACUGUUGUUUGGGUUGCAAACAGAGUUAGCCCAAUCAACGAUUCAUCUGGGAUUUUGAUGAUAAACAGCACUGGAAAUCUUAACCUCAUUCACAAUGAUUCGGUUGUUUGGUCAGCAAGCACUUUGAAAGAAGCUCAGAGUCCAUUGUUACAGCUCUUGGAUACCGGGAAUCUUGUGGUAACAGAUGGCAAUUCAGGAGACUAUUUGUGGCAAAGCUUUGACUACCCAUCUGAUACAAUUUUAGCAGGAAUGAAACAUGGUUGGGAUUUAAAGAGACGUCUCAACAGGCGCUUAAUUGCAUGGAAGAACUGGGAUGACCCAUCUCCUGGAAACUUUAUUUUUGAGAUGACACUUCAUAACUACCCGGAAGCUUAUUUGUGGCAAGGCUCAACUAUAUACUUCCGUACUGGUCCUUGGAAUGGCUAUGGCUUCAGUGGUUCACCUGGACUAAAGUCAAAUCCAGUGUUUGCCUUCGAAUUUGUGUACAAUCAAGAUGAGAUCUACUUCAUGUAUACCCUCAAACAGGCACUCCUUUCAAGAGCACUUCCCAACCAAACUAACUCUAUGUUUCAACGCUUCACAUGGACAGAACAAAGUUGGAAGCUUUAUGCAUCUCUGCCUAUAGACCGCUGUGAUACCUAUGCCCUUUGUGGGGUUUAUGCAAGGUGUCUUGUUACUGACUCUCCGGUCUGUCAAUGUUUGAAGGGAUUCAAACCGAAGUCGGAAAAAGGAUGGGAUUCAAUGGAUUGGUCCCAAGGAUGUGUACGCAGUAAACCAUUGAGCUGUGAGGAUAAAAGUACACAUGGGUUUCUUACAUUUCCUGGAUUGAAACUCCCAGAUACCACGCACUCAUGGGUAAACACAAGUAUGAAUCUGAAGGAAUGCAGGGCAGAAUGCUUGAAUAACUGUUCUUGUAUGGCUUAUACAAACUCAGAUAUCAAAGAAGGUACUGGCUGCGCUAUCUGGUUUGGUGAUUUAGUAGAUAUUAAACAGUUUCCAGCUGGUGGACAGGAUCUAUACAUUCGAAUGCACCCUUCAGAACUAGGUAUGGAAGAUGGUCAUAAGAAGAAGAUAACAGUGCUAGUUGUGUGUUCCGUUGUGAUAGCUUCUGGAAUGCUCUUAGCUAGCUAUUUGAUUUUGAGAAUCAGGAAAAACUUAAAAGAGAAAAUGGAGAGAAGUAGAACAACUGGUCAUAGCAGUAGGGGUAAAGAAGAAGAUAUGGAGCUUCCAAUGUUCGACCUGUCCACAAUUUCUAGAGCCACUGAUGACUUCUCACUUAACAACAAACUUGGGGAAGGUGGUUUUGGACCAGUAUACAAGGGUGUACUAGAUGGACAAGAAAUUGCUGUAAAGAGGCUUUCUAGGAGUUCAGGACAAGGACAGAACGAAUUCAAAAAUGAAGUUAUACUGAUUGCAAAACUUCAGCAUCGAAAUCUUGUUAAGCUUCUUGGUUGUUGCAUUGAAGGAGAAGAGAAGAUGCUGGUGUAUGAAUACAUGCCAAAUAAGAGCCUGGACUUUUUCAUUUUUGAUGAAACAAAAGGUAAAGCUGUGGAUUGGUCCAAGCGCUUCCAAAUCAUAUGUGGGAUUGCUAGGGGGCUUCUCUAUCUCCACCAAGAUUCUAGAUUGAGGAUUGUACAUAGAGAUCUCAAGGCAAGUAACAUUUUACUUGACAGUGAGAUGAAUCCCAAAAUAUCAGAUUUUGGCAUGGCUAGAAUAUUUGGGGGGGAUCAGACAGAAGGAAACACAAACAGAGUGGUUGGGACUUAUGGUUAUAUGGCACCAGAGUAUGCAUUUGAUGGACUCUACUCAACAAAAUCUGACGUUUUUAGCUUUGGAAUCUUGUUGAUGGAGAUAGUAAGUGGAAAGAAAUCUAGAGGGCUGUAUCACCAAGACCAAAAAGGGAACCUUAUAGGACAUGCAUGGAGACUAUGGAAAGAAGGCAGGCCUUUGGAGCUGAUGGACGCUUGCUUGACCGACUCAAACAACCUCUCAGAAGUGUUGCGCUGUAUCCAUGUUAGUCUCCUAUGUGUGCAGCAACGUGCUGACGAUAGGCCGAGCUUGUCAACUGUUCUUUUAAUGUUGGGUAGUGAAAGUGUAUUGCCGCAGCCCAAAGAACCUGGUUUCUUCAUAGAUAAGGGGCCACAUGAUGCAAAUUCUUCAUCAAGUAAGAAUGAAUCAUCCUCAACCAACGAAGUAACCAUUACAUUACUAGACCCUCGAUAAUGAUUGUUUACAUAGGUGUGUGAUCAUGUAUCACCUAUCCAGAGUAUUGUUUCUUGCUAUCAUUUUGUAACCUAUAGUCCAAUAUUGAUGUCACUUUUUUUUCCCCUGAAUGUGUUUAACUUACUGAUGUUUAAUUAUUUGUGCCAUGUCGUAAAAUGCCUUAUUUCACAACAAAUGGACCAAUGCUUUUCAUGAUUU